UUUUAUAGCGUUAGAAAUAUUAUUCUACAUCAACAAUGGAAGAAAGACGGGUGGCCGACUAUUUUGUGGUUGCUGGAAUGCCCGAUGUACCGAAGUUGCUAAAGGAAAACAUAUUUAAUGACUCGUCACAUUUAAGAUCCACGAACAGCAUAGAUCCUAUCACUGACAUAGGCGUAUAUUUUCCUUCUCUGGGCGAGAAAAUUCCCGCUGACUAUGAAAUACUCGAGAACACUCCUUCGGGACUGCUGGCGGACCUGAACUAUGGUUCUGUUCGAACUACCGGGUGCUUUAUAUAUUAUCGACGUGGCAAGGAUAAACCGCCUUUGGUCGAUAUCGGCGUAAUGUACGAAGGGGCUGAACGAAUAAUGGCCGAUGCAGAAAUUGUUAUAAGCACGCCCGGCGAUCGUUUGGCAAAUGUGAAUAAUUCAUCCGCCAAAACGUUUCUAACGUUUAGACGUGCGACCACCGAUAUGCCGUGCAACGAACUGGUGGUAACUGAUCUGUGUGUCGUUAUACCUUCAAAGGGCGAAAAACCUCCGCAUGCGUUUUGUAUGAUCCACAAAACGCUCAACAAAGGUCUCAUGGGAAGUGAUGUGUACUUGUGCUACAAAAAAUCAAUGAACCGUCCGAAGUUAAUCAGUUACGAACCAGAAAUUUUGCACCGAUAUCCUACAUAUGAUCAUAAUGAUUUUCCACUAACAUUGUGUCCCAGUGUUCCACUGUUUUGCCUACCGAUGGGCACAACGUUGGAGACUUGGCCGCAUGUACCGGGCGGUGAUGGGAAGAUAAAAAGAAAACCAAUUCAACCAAUCUUUAGUACGUUCGUGCUGACUGUCAACGAUGGUACAUACAAAGUAUACGGAUCGGCUUUAACAUUCUACGAAGAUUUUUCUGAAAAUAAAUUGAAUGCACAACAACGUGAGUUGUUGGAUUGGACAGACAAUUCACAUAAAACUCAUUCCCUGCAUGUAAACAAAUCAAUCUGCAUUUUGUCCAGGUGGCCAUUUGGAGAUACGUUUGAGAAAUGGCUACAAUUCUUGCACCAAUUAUCAAUUCUCAACGAUAAACUUCCGGUACCGAUUGAACGAUACAUAACCCAUCUGCUCGAUGAAGUACCGUUUCCAUCGCCAAGCAUUUUGUUACAACUUUCAACGCUCAGUAAUAAUAGAAUUUUGCUAACGUUGCCAGAAGAUUCGCCCUUACCUCGUAGUGGUGCCGGUUUUCGUCAGUUGCUCUCCAAUCUUGGUCCAGAAAACUGUUUGCAUGUACUGUUGCUGGUUUUAACGGAACAAAAGUUGCUUAUACAUUCUUUAAGACCGGCUAUAUUGACUGCAGUAGCGGAAGCCGUCUCAUCAUUUCUGUUUCCAUUCAAAUGGCAAUGUCCUUACAUACCACUUUGUCCGCUUGGUUUGGCUGAAGUACUGCACGCUCCACUUCCGUAUCUUAUAGGGGUGGAUUCUCGUUUUUUCGAUCUGUACGAACCACCCAGCGAUGUGACGUGCGUAGAUCUGGAUACAAACAACAUAAGUUUAUGUGAAUCACAAAAACAUCUAACUACCAAACUUUUGCCCAAACGAGCCGCACGCAUUUUACGACAAACUCUGCGUAAUUUAGAGGAAUUGAGCCAAAACCAAGGGUGUGAUUCGAGUAACAGUUUGGAUCGAGAUAUAAAGAAACGAAAGCGUGAACAAAAUCUAGAGCAACGAAUUCAAGAAGCAUUUUUACAGUUCAUGGCAUGCAUUUUGAAAGGCUACCGGGAUUAUCUGGUGCCGAUUUCGAAGGCACCUACAAUUGGAGCUACGGACCCAAGCGCGCUGUUUCGCAUGGAUGCUUUUUUACGAUCCCGUGACAAGGCACAUCACAAAUUUUUUACGCUGCUUAUGAAAACGCAAAUGUUUAUCCGGUUUAUUGAAGAACGUUCGUUCGUAUCGGACAGUGAUCAUAAUUUGGCAUUUUUUGAUGAAUGUGCCGAGAAGGUGAGUGCGUACGAAGAUACGCCAACGGAAAUUAAACUAAUCGAAUGGGAUUCGGGACAAAGCAGCGAGCGCACUAAAUUUAUUCUGCCGCCCGAAUGUCAACCUGGCUUACCGGAUCAGCUGUACGCUUACAGUUCAUUCUCUCUCGAUUCAAUGCUUCUAAAAGAAACACGCAGGAGUGCGCUGGAUAAUGUGUUGCAGCAUCACAACAGUCUUGCUCCCGGGUCUCCAAUGGCCCGUCGUACAAAACAUGAGAUUAAAACAGCGCAAAAAUUAGCCCGUAAGCAUCAAGGGAAUCCAGAGUUGUGGGCAAAACAUUUACUUGCUACGUGCUACUCAAUAUACUUCAUCGUCUUACCUAGUUUAAUAUCGGAACACAUUGGUCGGGAACAUGCAGUGCUAAAGGCGGCAUACGAUUUGCUUAGCAAAGCAUGCAAGCUGAAAGUCCCUUGCGAUGAAGUUUGUUAUCGCAUUAUGAUGCAGCUGUGCGGGUUGCAUAAUCUUCCCGUGUUGGCCGUUCGUUUACACUACCUGAUGAAACGAUCUGGCAUUCAACCGAACGCGCUCACGUAUGGUGUUUACAAUCGGUGCGUACUCGAAGCACAAUGGCCAUCGGAUUCUAUCCUGUCGUCACAGAUGCGUUGGCACCGUUUACGGAAUAUUGUGAUUGGCGCGGCACAUUUUAAACGUGCCGGUAAAAAGUUUGCCGAUCGUCGCCGGCGUUCCCUAUCCAACGAAGGCAGUUCCAUCGGCGGUGCAUUGGAACUAGUGGACGGUACAUCACGAACAAGCCUUGACUCCGGAUAUUCGCAAGCAGAACAGCAACAACAACCGACUACGAACGUAUUGCUGGACUUUAGUGCCUUCGACAAACUGCGCGGAAGAGUUGGUGCAAUUGUAAGACAAACUACAACUCCUGGUCACCAGGAAUCUACCGACGUGCUGUCGAGCGCUGGGCUGUUGAUUAGCGGCGAGGCGAGUCAUCAUCUCAAACAAUUGCAGUCUCAUGCUGGUACCGUUAGUGGAAAAGAAGCAAAAACCGGUUACAAAAAAUCGCCACCCACCAAUGCUUGCGAUAUCAGUCCGCGCGUUCUAGCAAGAGCCGACAGCUUUGCAGGAGAUUCGAAAUUUAUUGACAAAUUGAAACGACAAACACGAGCCGAUGGGAUCAAAUCGAAACGUGCGCUAGAAUUUCAACAGGAGACGGGCAGCAUUGCUUCCGAGUCAGAAGAUACCAAGGACGCAAAUGCAAAGGGCAGUCCUACGAAAAUUUCACCUCGCACAUUGGUUACGCAGGACGAUCCGUUGGGAGCGCUGAAUGAUAUGACAGAAGAAUUGGAAGUACAGCGCGAAUCUGUAGAGAAAAACACGGAAAAAUAUCGAAAGAGCAACAAUAAUACCAUCUACACCGAUCAACCUAUUUUAUUUAAAGGCCAACGAUCGGCAACAUUUGACGAUUCGACACAGCUUAACAAAAGCAUGCAAAGGUCCGAAACUAUGCCGAUGACCAGUACAGCUACGUCGGGAUUUGGAAGUUUGGGGUCAACAUUAAAGUUUAACUUCGGACGUUACUCACCUGCACGCAUGUCCAUGAAAAAAGAUUUGAAAUCGUUGUCCACAAACAUGAUAGAGAAUAUUUCUAACAUGAGUCCGAGCCUUACUGGUAAAAAAUCGAACGAGAUUCUACAGAGUGGAUUAAGCAGCAUCAAGAAUGCUGCCAAUUCUGUAGCAAAAAAGUUGGACGAUAUAAAAGAAGCCAUUUCAGCAAAUACUACCCCUGUUAAGACUGGCAGCGGAUUGAACGGUGGGAGCGGAUUAGAAAGAGACGGCCAUGGGUCUGAAAAUGAUCUACUUCAUCACGACGAUUCAAUGCAGACAAUGAAUGGCAACCGGUCCCGCCGUGUGUCCAGUGAAUUCGACUUAUGGGGUCGUUUCAGUGAAUCGCGUAAGUCUAGUUACAAUAAUUUGGUUCCUUUAGGUGAAAAUGCUACAUCGACCAGCAGCUUGAAUGCAUAUCCAACGUUGCCAGACAAUAUAUAUCCCACAUUUGCAGAGAUAUCAGAGACUGGUAUUGCCGAUUUCUUAAUCCAAAUCACGUCUUGCUCGCAAUGCCACAACUGUUCUGUGCUUCUGUACGAUGAAGAAGUAAUGGCCGGAUGGUCAGCGGAAGAUUCCAAUCUGAACACCACGUGCAAUGCAUGCGGGAAGGUGACGGUGCCAUUUUUAAAUGUGCAAAUUAUAUCCGAGGGACAAAAUCUUCAGCGAGAUAUGUCUUCUCAGCAGCAACAUGACAUGAUAAGUGUGCCAUAUUUAAAUCCACUAGUGCUACGCAAAGAACUAGAAAAUAUUCUCAGCGAGGAAGGUGAUCUGGCGCUCACUAACGCCAAGUUUGUGGAGGAACAUCCUAUUAUUUACUGGAAUUUAGUAUGGUUUAUGGAACGGAUAGAUGUCAACACACAUCUUCCUAGCCUUGCUUUACCGAAGCAGGAGGAUGACAACCCGGAUCCGUUGAGCAAUGUAAAAACAGUGCAUGUACAUUGUUUGUGGGACAAUCCACGGCUGCAUGCGGAAGCGGGCCCAGCGAUGUAUAUGUUAUGGCGGCAAAAUCAACCAGACAGUACAUUACUGAAAGCUUUGCUUACUGAUCAAACAUCGAUCAAUCGAACUGUGAUGCAACAAAUUAUUGCUUCGAUACGAUGCAACGAUUUACUAACACCCGUCAAACGGUUAGCUAACGAGCGACAAAAGUUAAAGCAUCGAGGAGUCGAUCGGACGCACUCGAUCUACCGCGACAUGUUGUUUCUAGCGUUUAUUGAAAUUGGCCGUUCGGAUAUCGAUCUUAUUUCGUUUCAUCGUGAGUAUGCGGCCGUUUUUCAAAAGCUAACGGAGAAGGAAUGUAACACCUUUUACCGGAGUCAGGACCUUCCGCCAUCGCCUACGGCCAUAUUUUGUCGUGCAUAUUUUAAACCACUCCUCCUACCCUGACCUUUCGUAAGCCAACGCUGGUUA